AUCAUCCCUUCGGGCCCUAGUAUAGGGAUAUUGACAAAUCUGUCUGUCGAUCAACCAGUUUUCUACCUUAGUAAGACACACAUGCUCUUCCUUCUCGAAGCCUUCCCACUUUACCCUUCCAGUAACCUCUCUCUUGAUGCGCCAUCGCGUGAUGCUUUGGCGUCUCGGAUUCCAAGUCCUUCGCGUUUGGAACCUCGAACAUCCUUGACGCACUUCUCCUCCCCAAUUGUCCGUAAAAUCAGUUCCCCCCACCCUAUCAGU